AUGCUAUCAGAUGCUCAAUCAGCUUCUUCCAACGAGCCCUCCAUCUUUCCCCUCGAUGGCCCCGGACCUGAACAGAUUUCCCAACCCUUGCCCAAUGGCCGUCCCCAACUGGCUCCCGCGAUCCAUACCAGAGAUGCAUCGGUGACGAGAGGCAGGCCUCAACAGCCUUUGGCUCAGCAAUAUCCUUCCGCUGCUUCGUCGCGCUCAGGCUCGGUGCAGCCCCAGCCGCAUGGCUCAGAAUCAAGUGUGAGCUCAAGAGGUGGUCCCGCAGUCGACACCGCCCUGCAAAGGCGAACGUCAAACAGUUAUGGCCAUCACCGCCAGACAUCCGUUAUCCAUGGCCUGCAGCACUCGAGAAGCCCUAGCUUCAAUUCUCCCUCGACGGCAAGCCCUCUGACCCCCGAUUCUUUACUGAGCGCCCCCAGCUAUGGAAGAUACCCGAAUGCGAACCGACGCGGCCAGUAUUCUAGCACCGAGAGCACCUCGACCUACACCAGCCCGGUGUCUCCAUAUCUAGGUCAUACGCAAGGCCAUUCAAUCGAUUCUCUAAUUGAUGGCGGUGCCUCGGUGCAAGAGUCUUCUUCCUCCUCGCAGCACAGGAGGCGCAAGGACCCGUCCAGAACAAGACGGGGCCACCCGGGCCAUGCAUAUCGCUCGUCCAGCAUUCAUCAACAACCGGAACCGCGCACCCCAGGUGAAUACGCCCUCCACCACCUUUUCCAUGCAUUUGUGCUGCGGGCCGAUCAGAGAAUCAAUUACUGCGUUACCCUUCUGGAUACUGCUCUUGCGCCGGUGGAGCAAGCCUGUGGGCCGGGCGUUGAUGCUGGGUUUGACCAAUUGAUAGCUUCGCUUGGGCACAUAUCUCGUCAAGGUCCGAAACCUUUGGUGGAUAGUUUGAUGCUCUGGCGGAAGGGUAAGGGCGACGCCGCGGGCAAUUUGAAGAAGCAGCUGGUUCAGCAGAGCCUGCAAAUGGGCCUCACCAAUUCGUCUCUGCCUCCUUCACUGCCCAGACGUCAUACGGAGCCUCUCCAUGUUUCAGGGGACACUGGCCUCUCCCAAACCGACGCUGAACAGGGCUCUUCUACAGAAGAUGCUCUUACGCAGGAGAGUCAACUGGCAGAUCUCCGUGCCUCGAUAUCGGUCUAUAUCCUCUGUCGAGUUCUGAUUGCGAUUUUUGAACAAAGCAGUCUGCCGGCAAUAACCCAAGAUUUGGCCAACAAACUUGAGGACAUUUUGUUCACGCAGAUGAGGGAGGUCGAUCCCUCGCAGAUCCUGUCAUCCACCACUCGACUUGCCAAUUGGAAGAUCUAUGGUGAGGUCCUAGGCCACAUGAGUCGACUUGACUUUGUCAAUGUCACGUUUCGUUUUACCCAGCAACUUGAACAGUGGCAGCUGGAGUUUUCCAAAAGUCCGGGGACCGCUAAAGCCAGAGAAAUCGAAUCUCGCCUCGAGUUGCUCCUGCUGGGUAUGCGCCAUCUCCAUAUUUCUGUUACGAGAGAAGCUGCCUUUAGUGUCGCCGAGUUCCUCAGAACCCUCGCCGCUCUGUUCUCCGACGCACAUGGACCUCGAGUGAAGCAAGCAUAUUGCCAGCUAUUCGAGCGCUUGCUCACGGCUGUGGCAGGUAACUCGGAAUGUUUUCAGACAGUGCCGAAAUGGAAAGACUUUAUCGAGACUGUCAACUCGCGCCUGGGGAAUAUGUUGGUCAAGGUCCGUCAUUGGAACACUGGCUUUCCUGUGUCGAUUUUGCUCAUAUGCGUUUCGCCGAUUGAUGUCUUCUCUGCACAGUGGCUGUCAAUGAUUUCCAAUCUGGCCGGCAAACUCAAGGAUCGGUCAACACGAGCUCUGGCUUUGCAAGCCAUCUGCCAGCUGGUCUGGACGUACCUCACACGGGUUGGAGAAGCCACCCAAGUCAAAUUGCGUCGGUUGGAAGACAUCAUCAAACUCGUAGUUCCACAAGGGAGGAAAACCCACGUCGUCUCAGAGCCAUCUACCGCAACUCCAUUGGUCCAGUUUAUUAGAAUCAUUGGCUUUGCGGCUCAAGACCUCUGUUUUCGUUCAAUCAUCUUUCCCCUUCUACAUUAUGACAUGUUUCAAACGAGUCGAAACCUCAAGAUUGAAAAUAUGGAGCCAGAACGAAUGGUCAUCGGCAUACGAGCAUUUCUCGCCGUCAUGGCCGAUUUGGAGAAAGAUGGAACAAGCGGCCCGCCCUUCCCUGCCUUCACUGUUCAAUCGCAGAAUGUUGAUGGUCUACCGGCCUCGCCUAUGAGCAGGAGGACUAGCCUGGGGAUAGAUUCACCACUUCGACCGCGAUUUGAAGAUGAGAAUCCGUCCUCGCUGCCAGUCAAUACUGCCAUCUUGGAUGAGAACGCCCGACAAUACUAUUUGCAGUUCUGCCAGAUCUUGGGCAAGAUCACAAUUCUCUGCGACAAUACCUUCGGCGGACAAGCUACGCUGAAUGAGAAGCUAUCUUCGACGAACGUGACCCCCAAGACCCCUCUCGCUGAUGCAUUCACAUUGACACGCGGCCAAGACGGAACGACUACAGACCAGCGACAGUCAUACUAUGAACUGCUCCAUGUCGCUAUCCAAGCUCUUCCUCGAUGCUUCACCGAUCACAUUCCGUUGAGCCCACUGAUCAACCUCCUAUGCACGGGCUCUGCUCACGUGCAAGCCAACAUAGCAGCUUCUGCUACACAGUCUUUGAAAGCGAUUGCCAAACAGGGUCAUGCCCAGGCCGUAGCAAUUGCCUUCCCGCGGUUUAUCUUCCACUAUGACACCCAGUACUCUACAAUGUCGGACGAGGGCCGCCUCGGACCGGCUCAUAUAGAGGCAACGUUGACGUUGUAUCUUGAGCUGCUACAAAUUUGGACAGAGCAGCUGAAGCAGAAGGCAGUCGCGAGCUCUUCGGAUACAAGAGACCGUUCGACCCCAGGCUCCCACCGAGCCUUACAGAUGGAACUCACCCAUGUCAUCCCUCAUGUGGAUGAAAUCGAAGCCUAUGGAUUGUUCUUUCUUUGCUCGCAGUCUCGUCGCGUGAGAGCAUUUGCUAUCAAGGUUUUGCGACUUGUUGUUCAGUUUGAUUCAGUCCUCGGUCACGAGGUACCAUCAAGGAUCAUUAAACUUCUUGAAGGCCAAUCGCCAACAAUUCUGGACUUGCAGGAGGAUGCACUCAAUGUCGCAGAACGCAGCCGAUUGCAAAAGGACAAGCGCACUGGCCCUGGCCAAAGCACCUUGAUCGAGAUUUGCAGUUCUGAAGUGUCCUACGACUCGACGCUCUGGUUCAAGGCGUUCCCUAAUCUGAUUCGCGUCGUAUUUGACGCGUGCCCAAAUGCCAUCGCCCUAUGCCGAGGGACAGUCACCGACAGGUUAAUGAUGAUGCAGAAUGAUAUUGAGGCCUUUUCAGAGACAGCUGGUGCGAAUGCUGCCAUGUACGAGUAUCGCCUGCAGGGACGAAGCUCGGCAACGUCCGCAGAAGUGCUCUUUGAGCAGUGGAAAUUGUACCUUAUCAUGGCCUGCGUCACUCUCAGCUCCCCGGGCGGCCAGUCUCGGAGCCAGCUCGCUGAUGCUGCCGCUCAUUCAAGGAAAGCAUCAAAGACUGCUGCAACCGCACAGGACAAGAUGAGUUCCGCCCGGGCGUUGUUCUCCGCCAUCAUUCCUAUGCUUGGUGCCGCCCCCGACGCUAUUCGUGACGCUGUGGUCGCAGCUCUUGGUUCCAUCAACCGCAAACUUUGUCGUACACUUCUCGAGUCACUUCAGUAUGCAGUGAUCAAGUGCAACGACGAGGCAAAGGCGAGAAUCAACCACCAGAGAACUCCAAGCAGUCCACAACGAUCUCAGCAGACUGAACGACUCCGGACCGAAGUGACACAUGUAUACAAGCUCACGGCAUCUUUCUUGCGUUAUGAAGACGUCUAUGAGGACGAUUGGAUCCUGCAUAACCUUGUCAAUUACACAAGGGAUCUGCGCAUCUUUCUGAGCGAUACUGAUGUGCAGAACGACUGGCGAUUCCAAAAAUUGAGAUAUCAUUUCUGCGGGUUGGUGGAGGAGGUCUUCGAAGGUGUUAACAGAUCAGACGCGCCAUCUCGAUGGAUGCCUUUUGAAGCAAGGAAGUCUGCAUUUGCCUUGAUGGAAGAUUGGUGCGGCUACUCUGCUGAGCGGAAUUUGAUGGAUCCCAAUCACGGUCAUGGCCGAGAUUUGCAUGAUCGGAUGAACGCCAGUGCUGCCCUCGAGAAAGAGAAGAACAAUCUGAGAGUGGCGGCUCUGAGUGCAAUGGCGACGCUGUGCGCCGGCCCGAUUAGCAUCAAAACUGACAGUAACGCGAUCCUGUCAUUCAAUUUACAACGAAUGCUCUCAUGGAUUGAUACGAUCUUCGCAACCAACAACCAUAAGAUGCACACCAUCGGGCGACGGGCACUCAAACUCCUCCUCAUGCACAACCCGGAACACCUUGUGCUUGCCGAACAUGCCAUAGAGCAAUGCUACAGGACCGAGUCUCCCAUGGCGUUGGAAAGCUAUUUUGGUGUGGUGUCCGAGGUUCUGAUCCAACAGCCGAACUAUCCUCUACCCUUUUGGAAAAUUCUCAGCAUCAUCGUGUUCACCUUGGGGAAUGAAAACCGUGAAAUCAGAAUGCAGUCGGCGCAUCUAGUCCGCACUCUAGACGAACGCCAACAGAAGAGCACCAACCUGCAAGAGUUUGACAUCAGCAUUUCCGACAAGACACGGGCUGUAUACAAACUGGCCCAAUUCGAAUACUCCAAGCGACUUGCCCAGGCCAACUCGGAUAUCGCAUUUAUGAUCUUCUCCGAAUUUUCGCUGCAUUAUAAAUCUGCCCGAAACGAUCACCAGCGGAAUAUGGUCGUUGCUAUCUUGCCAUGGUUGCAGACACUCGAGCUCCAGGUCGACCCGGGGACAGGAUCUCCAACUGCCGCCUCGUAUAUGCUUCUAGCAAACAUGUUCGAGAUCACGAUUUGCUCGAGUAGCGCAAUGCAUAACGAAGUCCAGGCAUUGUGGCAAGCUCUGUCAACCGGACCACAUGCGGGAAAUGUGCAACUGAUCCUUGACUUCAUUAUUUAUCUUUCGCUUGAUCGCCGCGAUCAGAACUUUGUCGAAUACGCAAAGCAGAUCGUUGUGUACCUGUCUUCCACUCCUGCCGGUUCACGAGUGUUGGAGUUUUUCAUGUUGCAACUCACUCCGAAGAAUAUGGUCAAUGACAGAAAGCACGCCGAUGUAGUGAUGCCUGAUACGAGAAACCUUCCUUAUGUUGCUGAUCUGACUUCUCUACUGCCUAUGGGCAACAAGCAGGUUGGUCUUUCUCUAGGACAAGUCUCCCUGAUUUUCCUGGUCGAUCUCAUGGUCACUCCAGUAACCCUUGCCAAAGAUGAGGCGAUCAAGCUCAUUCACACUGUACUCAUCCUUUGGGAUCACUACACAACAUCGGUUCAAGAACAGGCUAGAGAGAUGCUGGUCCACCUCAUCCACGAAUUGGUCACCACGAAGAUCGACUCCCAGAUCCUUAGCUCUGCCAAGUCAAACAUUGAAGGUCUGGUUGCGGCAAUUCGAACCAACAGUUCUCGGAUAAGCUGGACUUACGAGAGCAACACGAGAAAAGACGAAGAUGACGGCGCCAGCCGGGUUCCCCAGGCAAUGGGUGUCCUCACCGCAGAAAUCGUGAACAUCUUCAACCUCGCAUUUGAUAACUUCAGCGACAGCUGGGCUAAAGAGGCGCUGCACUGGGCCUCCAUCUGCCCAGUCCGGCAUUUGGCAUGUCGGUCAUUUCAGGUAUUUCGCUGCAUUUCUGUCAGCCUGGAUGCCAGGAUGCUUGCGGAUAUGCUUGCGCGACUUUCUAACACGAUUGCUGACGAACACACGGACUACCAAACCUUUUCGAUGGAGAUCUUGACUACACUCAAAGUUAUCAUUGGAGCACUAGAACCUAAAAACCUCCUGCGAUAUCCCCAGCUCUUCUGGACAACAUGCGCUUGUCUUAAUACCAUUCAUGAAAGGGAGUUCUACGAGACCUUGGGGAUGCUUGAGAAAUUCCUCGACAAGGUGGAUUUAUCCGCUCCAGAUGUCACGGAGGCAAUGAUGAAGGGACUGCCCGGAAAAUGGGACGGUGGUUUUGAAGGGCUACAGCCGCUGCUUUACAAAGGGCUAAAGUCUGCUGACAGCUUAGACAAGACUCUCUUCAUUCUUCACAAGCUCGCAGAACUGCCAGAUUGCCAAUUGGUGGGAAACGACAAUCGCCUCCUCUACUGCGUCCUGGCAAACUUACCGCGAUGGCUUCGAAGCUUCGAGCAGGCCGACGCCGAUCCUGUGACAAUAGCAUCUGCACAAAGACUCGCAAAGGUGGCAAGUGUGGCUGGCCACGAUGUUCUUUCUGGUUGCCUUCAACGUUUCGCCAAUGACGAAAUGACUUCAACUCAGGAGAUGCUCACCGCAACCGUCCAAGCCAUGAAGGUAGCCUACUUCCCAGCAUGUGAUGCCCCAAGUUUGAUCUUUAUGAUCGGACUGCUAACCAACAAAACACCAUGGUUCCGAGUCAAGCUGAUGGACAUUUUAUGUCAGCUGAUCCCGAUUGUGAAUAUGAAAAGCCAUGCCAUCACGACCCAUGGACCUGAUCUCAUCUCCCCACUACUGAGACUAUUGCAGACUGAGCACUGCACACAGGCUCUGGAAGUAAUGGAUUAUAUCAUGGAAGUGGCGGCUACGCCAAUGGAAAAGCAUCAUAUGCGGAUGAGCAUGGCUUCUGGCUCAGCAAAGGCGAUCAGAAAAGAGUAUGAGCGGACGCAGAGCCUCUACGGGAUACCUCACUCGUCCGGUUGGUCUAUCCCCAUGCCUGCCAUUUAUUCUAGCAUGACAAGGCACAAUGUCCAUGCCGUCUUCUAUACAUGCGGAGACUCGGAGUUCCUGCAGGAGCAAGAGACGACCACUCCAGACGUUGAGUUUCAAGGUGACGACGGCUACACGGACUCAUAUUUCCCCCCGCAAAGCCGUGCGGAAACCAUCCGAUCAUUGGAAGUUGCCGCGGAUGCCAAUGUCAGUGACUUGGUGAAUACUCUUGACAGUCUCGAUGAUUUCUUUGACGACGUCGAUGAUGACGAUGUGUUGACCCCAACCGGAGCCAGUCAGCUUGGAGUCUCUGCCAUCACGAUUCCCACUCUUACUGAACAGAGCACAGCAUUGUAUGAUGAGCAGACGGCUCCAAUCCUUCGCCAGAGUCUAGCGCGGACGGCGUCGGCGACCACUGUGCAGGAUGGGUUUACCGAAGUUGGAUCCCUUCCUGGCAUCACCCAUCGGGCCCAACCCAGUCUAUCUUCUCCAAACUCCACUGCAAAAACACAAACCUCGAUCUCUUCGAAUGAUGAGUUGGGAGGCCCAGGACCUUCAUUGCCAAAUUCCACAAAGAAGCCAAUCCUUCAAAGCGUAAUCAGUUCGAUCAACCAUACUCGACCUGGACUUCAUGCCAGAUCAAUCACCUCUCCAGCGAACCAAUAUCCGGUGUCACAACCCACCUCAAGUGGAAUGGUUCCUGUGUCCGAAGGUAUUUCGCUCAGGUCUCAGGACGAUUACGCCGACCAAUAUGAUGAAGUCAUUCUGUCGGAUGGAGAGAACAGCCCCUUCCCAUCGCUGAGCAUGACCUUGUCAAACCAGACCAAAUCUUUGUCAGGGCCAGGGCCCUCCGAAUAUCAGACAACCCCAACCUCUGCGACCGAGACCGGAGGCGCGUUCAGCCUUCAAGGGAUGCGAAGAGGCAUGCGGCGUCUCACAGGCGGCAAGAGUGAAAGUCAAAAGGAGAAGGAGAAGAUCAAAGAUAUGGCACGCUUGCGCGGGCAAUCUGGAGGUCAGGGUCAAGUAACUGCCGCGUUGCAGAGUCCCAGGGUUCCGAGGGUCCCUGCAGAGUAUCUCAAUGCCACUAGCAUGAGCGGAGUCAGUCCAACCGCGAGCCCCGGAGUCUGA